GGCGAUCCUAAAUUUGGAAAAUUUUGCGCACCAAAAUUUCGUUGGUGUUGAUUAUAAGCUCCUAAAAAAGAAUCACCAGUCGUUCGUAAAGUCAAUCGUACCUUACCAACAACUUUAUGAAACACCCACCUGGUCUUCCAGUGGGCUUAGCAAAUUAUUGUUUGGAGUGCCUGGCGAGAUGGCAGAAGGUCCCAUUCUUUUUCAAAUCUUUGGUAAGACCACGGCGCCAUAUGGCGCUCUACCACUGGACCACCAUCUUACUUAACAGCUCGCAGGUUUAAGUUGGACAUCAUUUUAUGCUGAGAUGCUAUUCAUUUGAUUCUUUAAACGAAGCUUAUGUUGUUUUUGUCUCGCUUGAUCGUUACUCUCUUUCUGAUGGCGGCUUCUGAACACCUGCUGAAUAUGAAUGCAAGUAAAACGCAUUGAUUGCAUGCUUUACCAGCAUCGAGAUUUGCAAGAGGAUUUUAACCGUCUCGGUAUUGGAACAUUCCUGACAGCCUCGUCUCUCAUCGACACACCAUUAUUAAAGAUCCGAAAGUUAAGCCUAUGUGAUUAUGUUUUACUGUGAUGAGCCUGUUUCUCAACUCAUCUUGUGCCAAACCAUAUAACAUGGCCGCAACCAUGACUCCAAUUCACCGCUACGGCCACCACAUGUUCAUGAAGUACAUUAACCUUUAAACCGACCUACUGUUGCUGAUGCUGUUGAUGUUGUUGUAUUAAUGUACUUCAAGCAUACAAUGGUAUUGUGGAUCUCAGACAGAUUUGAGGGUCAUGGACAUGAUAAGGAUGACAUAGCAAUAUUUUACAAAGGAUGUACUCAUCGCUGACGUGGAUUGGUGGCGUAUACAGGAGUGGCGACAUAAUGUGGCGUAGAGGUUCAUGAUGGGGAUUUGGUACAUUUUGAUGGAGGAUUUACUCCAAUACUGAACCUAAAGCACAAAAAUAUCUUUUAUACAUGUUAACGUCGGUUUGGUAGCUAAAUUCUUGAAACGCUUUUGGCCGAACCUGAAACUAUAAAAGUGAAAGCAAUAGACAACACACGUCAUCUAUAUAAGCUGAGACAAGAGGACACUUUGUAUUGUAUAUAGGCCUAAACCAAACCAAAGAAGAGACGUAAUGGAUUUAAAGUACAUUUUCAACGUAUUCAUGUUCAUCAUCUAUGCGGCAUCACUUCGGGUGACAGCGGACUCCAGUGAAGACGAUAGCUGCGAGGACUCGGACUCAUCAGAUUAUGAGACGAUGUGUGAACAGUACAUUGCUGUGACGAGAUGUCGGAACAACUUUGGGCCAGUCUGUGGGUCAAACAGUAUCACGUAUCGGAGCGAGUACCGCCUAGCACUGGCGGCCUGUUCACAUGGGAGAGAUUAUCCGAUUAUUCACGUCACACGAAGGGGGUCGUGCAUAUGGAUACCAAGACCUCCAGUCAUGGCAACUCGUCCCCCACCCGCCCGUGACCCUUGCGACUUCCGUUGCCAGAGUGGACAGCCGUUCGUCUGUGGCAGCGACGGAGUUGUCUACGAAUCACGUUGCCACCUUACUCGAAUCAACUGCUACGGCAACACAUACAUCACGGUUAUAAAUGAAGGAUUGUGCGGGGGCGAACCUACAACACUAGUGCCGGCGAUGAAGGUUACCUCCCCUACAACGCAACCUGUUGUUGUAACCGUUAUGAUGACGCAACCAUCCAUGGUCACCACUACCCCAGUACCAACAACACAAAUGACUACACCGACUCCUACCAGAAGAACGCCAAGGCAGUUUGGAGGAAAUAACACACCACAACCUGGUCGCGGCGAUACUCCCUGCAACGACAACUGCCCCGAUGGUCCCGCCGACGGUUCCGCUGCCGUGUGUGGUACGGAUGGUGAGACGUACGAAACAGAGUGUCAUCUCCUUGUCAAGCAAUGCCAAGAAGAUAGGAUGUUGGUCGUGUCAACCCGUGGUCGGUGUCCUCAAGCCCAAAGACAGUGUCCUCCGACCAGUAUCUGUCCAAUGGAGUAUCUUCCGAUAUGCGGUACGGGAAACAUCACCUAUCCGUCGUUGUGCCAUUUCCAGAUAGCCGCCUGUAAGGCCAAAGAUGACUCGAGAAAGGUCCUUCUUGCGGGAGAAUGCCCAAACAAUCUACAACGAUCUUGCCCGAGUUGUCCACCAGAGAUAAAUGAAGUAUGUGGAUCAGACAACAUGACUUACACCAGCGAAUGUGCACUUCGGGAAAUCUCUUGCCUGUACAACCUUCCCGAUCUUCAGGUGGCGCAUCUUGGACAUUGCCCGAAUCAAGAAUGUCCCGAUACUUGCACUGACGUCAUGGAUCCAGUGUGUGCAACAAACGGCAAGACAUAUUCUUCGUUGUGCGCCCUCUCUGUUGAAGCUUGCAAAUACAAGGAUACUCAAAUCACAGUGGCUUACAGAGGCAGAUGUUCAGGGGAUUUUUGUAAUGUGGUAUGUCCGGAUAUCUAUGAGCCGCUAUGUGACAAUAAAGGGACAACAUAUCAGAAUGCCUGCCAGCUAUGGAUCGCCAUUUGUACAGACCCCGGACUUACCAAGAAACUAGAUCAAGAAGGAUGCAAUCUCGCUAUUCCUUAAAUUAUUAUAUACUUUUUUUUUAAAUCAACAACUCGAAGAGAAGAUUGGUUUCAUUCUGGUGUAAAAAUUGAACUCUGCUCUGAUAAUCAGCGAGUCUGUGAACUUUGAAGAAGUCAUGUGACUCUUCGCUACAGUUACCAUGGUUACAAGUGGAAUGCUUAUUCGACAAGGGAUCAAGACAUUAGAAGCAGUUUAAGCAAGUCAACUUAGAUUGAAUGUUGGUCUUUUUAGGUGUUUCUUGAGGAGAGGGCUGGUUAUGCAUGCUCUGAAACAUGAACAUUUUUUAAAAAAGAAAUUCACAAUAAAUAAAACAUAAUGGUUAAGUUACUGUGAUCAUGGUAAUGCUACAAAAAGGCUUUCAGCGACAGAUGGUGUAUAUUGUAAUAUUCUUCAAGUGUCAGGCAGUGAUUGUUUUUUAAUGCCCUUUUUUAUUAUUAAUACACUCGUGACUUUUUCAUUCAUAUCAUUCAUUCAUUGCAUUUGAUAUGGCUGUUUAAAAUUAUCCGACUUACUUUCGAUACCAAUUAAGAUGGAUUUAAUGACGUGGUACUUGCAUCAAAAGUACUAUACAAAAAAAAAUCACAUUUUUUUGUAAAGCAUUCGGAUACUUCCAUAAUUAAAGGGAAACCGUAAACUAAUGCCAUAAAAUGGUUCAUUAAUUUAACUUUAAAAAGCAUCUUAGAAGCAAAGCUACAAAGAACAAAUUAUGAGUUGGAAAAGUGUGUGAUUAAAGGACCUUGGACUUUAUUCGAUGGUGAAAUAGACAAAGAGUAAAACUGGAACACCGCAUUGAAAAUGACGGGUUUUUUGUAUGUGUGGAUGAAUUGUUCCUAUUAAUUGUUUUCUUCAUCAGAGCUAUCUGAUUUCCGAAUUGAUUUCGAAUACUAAUGUAUAAAAGCUUCUUAACGCAAAAAAGAUGUCACGUAAAUGUUGUUUCAAAUCAACGAAUAAAUUAGGUUUGACUAAUCUAAUAGGAGAUGAAAUAUAUCUGACAAUGCUCUAAUCUAUUUCUCUAUCUUAUUUCAGAUAUUUCAAAUUACGAUUUUACAGUCAUCAUGGUCAUUAGAUGUUGAAAUAUAAUUCCAAAUUUAAACAAUAUGUUUAUUUUCAAUAUUAUACAAAA